AUGGGUGUAUUGAAAGAGCAAGACGAAAUUCAAAGUGCUCAUUGGAAUACAAAAACUCUGUCUAUAUUUAAAGCUUAUGUAUGGUCUAAAAGUCAAGGUUUUUCAUUUACGCUUCCAUCGAAUGACGUCUCUCACGAUAUAUUUGUUGUAAACUCAGCUAUUGAAAUUAUUUUAAAUGAACUUAAAACACAUGUACCGAAUUUAAAACACAUUAAUUUCUUUUCUGAUGGCGCAGCCUCACAAUUUAAGCAACGUUUUAUGUUUCGUAAUUUAAUUCAGAUUGCUCAUGAAUAUAAAAUAGCUUUAAGUUGGAAUUUCUUUGCUACAAGUCAUGGAAAAGGUGUUGUUGAUGGUCUCGGUGGAACUGUUAAGAGGCUCGUUUGGUCAGCAGUAUUGGCAGGUGAUAAUUGUAAAUCAGCGGAAGAUUUUGUUAAGUUAGCGCAACAGAAAACAAAGAAGAUAAUUAUAAUUGAAGUUGCGAAAAACGAUAUUGAUAAUUCAAAAAUAAAACUAGAAAAUAUAUUUAAAGUAGCUAAAUCUGUACCAGAAACACUCAAAACACAUUCUGUAAAGAUGCAAACUUUACCCUUUACUGACACUGAUGCAACGACAAUUCAACAGGAGAAAGAUAAAAAUGGUUAUGAAAUUGAUUAUUCAUCAUCGUCACCUCGAUUCUCUGUGAAUUCUGUCACAUCACUUCAGGAAGGUCUCGAAUAUCUCAAGGAGAAUGGAUAUGCUGUGUUUAGUGAUGUGUUGACUGAAGAAGAAGUGAAAACAAAUAAAGAUUUAUUCUGGGAUUUUAUUGAACAGGCAGCUCAUAAUCAGAUUGAUAGAGAUAAACAUAAUACAUGGGAUAAUCAUUGGCCCGCCCGACCUUUGACCGGUGUUAUAAGCCAGCACGGAAUUGGACAAUCCAAAUUUUUGUGGAAUGUUCGUAAUAAUAGAAAUAUCAAAAAAGUCUUUUCAAAUAUCUGGCAAACAGAUGAACUGCUCGUAUCAUUCGAUGGUGCAGGUUGCUUUCGUGAUUGGUCUUUUAAUCAGUCUUGGAAAACAACGGGAGGAUGGAUUCAUGUUGAUCAACAUCCCGUUCGAAAGCCGGAUCAAUGCUGUGUUCAGGGUUUAGUAGCCAUUACCGAUAAUGAUGAAUCUACUGGUGGUCUAGUAGUCUAUCCAAAGUCACAACAACGUUUCUCAGAACUGAUAAAUUUGAUAACACCAACCCAUAGCGGCUAUGAUUUUGUUAAAAUUCCUCCAACUCAUCAAAUUUUGAGGCAGCCAGAAUCUUCUGAGCUGACAAAAUUCAAAUUAGUCAAAUGCAAAGCGGGUGAUUUAGUCGUAUGGGAUAGUCGUGUUAUCCACUGCAAUACACCAGCAAUUAAACUAGCAUCCGAUAUGACCAAAAAAUGUGAUCUGUUGAGAGCUGUGGCAUAUGUUUCAAUGAGUCCGACAGUAUUUGUCAGUGAAGGUGAAAAUUACAAGACACUAGAUGAAUUUAGAAGCUUGAGAGAAGAAGCUGUAAUGAAUAAUACUACGACCACUCACUGGAGUCAGGACUUAAACAUUACAGGUGAAGCUCCAGAUAUACCUAAAUUUUCAAUGAAAGAUUUAAAUUCAUAUCAACGUUCAUUGAUUAUUGGUACCAAUGUUGAGAAUGCUGAUGAGUAG